CACCUUCAACCUGAUUCGGCAGCACGCCACGACCAUCUGUUGACCAUCCUUUCCCCAUAGUGCGUGCUCCUUCGUAUUCUUCGAAUCUGUCCAUGCAACCGUUUGGCCGAUUAUAUCAGAAUCGAGAACGAUCUCACAAAAGCUGCUCGGCCACGAGCCUGAGUUGCAAGCAUGCCUCCAUCAAUGGACACCAGCUAUCUCACCACCCAAGUCAACACAAUCAUCGGGCAACUACAUGCUAUCUUUGACGAGAUAGGAGUUCCCCGGAAUGAGCGCGAGUCAAGGGAGACGGAGCUCUUUGCAGCUCUGUCUGAGGCUCUGCACAACCAGCUUCGGCUUGUCAACUCUGAGAAGAAUGCCAUGACCGAGGAAGCUCAGAACAUCAUCAAGACUAUCAAACAGAUGGAGCUGUCACUCGAAGACGAAAAGGACAGAGGCUACGACUUGGACACCAAUGGCCUCCGAGUCACCUAUCCCCUGAUCGACUGUCUACGCGACCUCAAAGAGAAAUACAAUGUUGUCAGUAGAUUACACCGCGAGCGGUUUGAACAAGUCAAGAAGCUUGUGCAAGCUCUAGAGUCAUACUCCUCGCAUCUCGAGUCAUCCUUCGUCAAGAUUAGACUACCACCAACCUCCUCGAACAGCUGUCCUCCCACCUUCGACCUCUCACCCUCCUACGUCACCACACUCGAUGAAGAAUUCACCAGGGUAUACGACGAAUAUAACAAGAGGGUGGUGAUUGUGCAACAAACCGCAGAAGAAAUUGUCAGACUGUGGUCUGAGCUGGGCAUUCCCCAAGCACAGACGGACUCGUUGAUUGUUCAGCACUAUCGCGACUCUCCUGAGCAGCUGGGUCUGCACCAGGCGGACCUUGAUCGGCUGAAGAGUCGUCGCGAUAAACUCCUUGACGAGAAGAAGAGCCGCGAGAAGCGACUGAACGAGAUCAAGAAGAGUAUUGAGAUGUUGUGGGAUCGACUCGGAAUCGAACAACCGGAUCGAAAAGCAUUCCUGGCAGCCAACCGAGGCUGUGGACUCAGAACCAUCAAUGAGUUUGAGGACGAACUUGCAAGACUCAACGAGCUGAAGAGGCAGAACUUGCAUUUGUUCGUCGAGGAUGCGCGUGUCAGACUGCAAGAACUUUGGGAUGCACUUUACUUCUCCGAAGAAGAGAUGCUCGAUUUCACGCCGGCCUUCUCAGACGUCUACAGUGAUGCUCUGCUAUCGGCCCACGAAGCAGAAAUCGAGAGGCUCCUGACGCUAAAGGAACAGCGUGAACCCAUCCUAGCCAUGGUCGAGAAGUAUAAGUCUCUGAUAGCCGACCGGGAAGCCUUGGCCGCAUCUGCUAAUGACGCCUCACGUCUCAUGCUGAAACCUCAAAAGGGAGAGAAACGUGACCCCGGAAAGUUGCUAAGGGAAGAGAAGAUGAGGAAGAGGAUUGCGAAGGAGCUGCCAAAGGUCAUAGCUGAUUUGACCAAGGUUCUGGAGAAGUAUGAGGACGAAUACGGCCGGCCAUUUCUGGUCCAGGGCGAACGAAUGCUUGAUGAGAUGGAAGAAGCUGAAGUCAAAGCACCGCCACCUCGAUCCAAGACGCCAAAUGGACUGCCUCCGAGAUCAAAGACUCCUGCGCCGGCAACAGCUUCAAAAGCGGUUUCUAGCACCGCAAAGUCCGCCGCUCCUGCAAGACCAGCCAGUGUGAUGAAGGGACCGCCACCACGGUCAACAGCAGCAAAGACUCCCACCACGAGCAGGCCUGGCACAGUCAGACAACAAGCGGCACCAACCUCAGCGGCCACAGCCACUGCACCUUUGUCUCAAGCGAAGUCGCCCUCCAAGAUACCAGCUCGGGUUCCGCUGGGAAAUCUGAAGAACUCUCCAGAACGCCGCGGUGUUCCUCAGCCAGCGCCCUAUAACAGGCAGCCAGAACCACAACAAAACUACGCCCAAAAUGCCAGGACUAUGGGACCGCCACGAGCACCUCCACCGAAGAUGAGAGAUCUGUUUGUGCCACCUCCAGAUCCCACUCCGGCUCCAGCCAUGACUUCUCAACCCCCACCUCCUACUUCCAAUAGGCCCGCAAGCACCAUCUCUUCGGGCUCGAGUGAAAGCAGUCGCUAUGUGCGGCCAAUGAGCCCUGAAGAUGUCUAUGACGAUCGCGAGAGAAUGUCGUACAUGUCGGCUUCUCUCCUGAAUCGUGAGCGACAGCAGCACCCUCAGUAUGCACCGCUGCCAUCUCACCAAGCUGAUCCAUUCUACCAAUCUCACCUUCCGCAUCAACAUCAACAUCAGCCUUCCCAUUCUUCGUCAAAUUCCAUACAUAGCCAUAGUCAGAGCAUACGGCAUAACCCUUCGGCGCCACCCUCAACGGUCGUCUCUCGCCAAACCUCCAAUACCUCUUCGAACAUGACCACUGGCACCACAGCUAGCGGCAGUGAAAACUGGGAAACAUAUUCCGAUGGCUCAGAUAUGGAACCUGAACGAGACCUCCGGGACGCUUACUACUCUGCGAAGGUGCAUGCCCACAACCCUAUGGCCAACGCCCUAGGCACGAGCUAUAACUCGAACGGGCAGAAGAGACCGACCACAGCAGCUGGUGCUGCCGGUGGAGGGGCAGCCUUUUCAGGGCAGAUGGCGCCACCGCCGGCGAAGAACCAUCACACCGGAUAUCAAACCUCUCAAUAUCGACACGCACAGGAGAGAUUCAGGGAGAUGUCGGACGAGAAUGCCCAUUCCGGCGUCGUGAGGGUUGAGGGCAGUGACGCUGCAUGGAGCACGGAACUCGAGGAGUCGUAUUAGAAAGACAAUUUGUUUGGGCAACCAAUCUCUGGGUGGGUGGACAUGUGUUUUUGCGAGGGGCGAAGCACUCGACUGUCUCUGUGUUAAUAGUGGCGUAAAGUUUCAGGCAUUCUCGGGCUGUUGACAUGUUGACACGAAGAUCUGGCGCCAGGUUUUUGUUGCUUUUCCCGGGGAAUUUCAACCUUUUGGGGGGGUUUUCUGCCCUGUCGAGGCAUGUUCAAGAAGAGAUCAAGAGAAUCCGACCAGAUCAAAUCCAAUUCAUGUAGGCGACAUGUCCCACGGCGCUGGCUGGUCUAUGUGCCUGCGGGCAUCUCUCUCGCUCUUUGCUAUUUGGCAUUGAGAUACGUAAGAUGAGAUGGGUGGAUAGAUGAGUAGUUGGUUGGUUAGUCGACUGAAUGACCAGUCACCUAAUCGAUUGGAUCAACUCGAUCAACGAACGCC